AAUGUUGUUAAUACUAUGCUUUCUGUUGUACAUAUGUAUUGGAUAUUUCAGAAUGCAGUGACCUAUGAUGAUGUGCACAUCGACUUCACUUGGGAAGAGUGGACUUUGCUGGGUCCUUCCCAGAAAAAUCUCUACAAAGAUGUGAUGCUGGAGACCUACAGGAACCUCACUACUAUAGGAUACAGCUGGGAAGACCAUCAUAUUGAAGAACAUUGUAAAAGUUCUAGAAGACAUGAAAGGCAUGAAAGAAUUCAUAUUGGAGAGCAAUCUUCUGAACAUACUGAAUGUGUUAAAGCCUUUGUUCAUCACUGUACUCUUCACAGGCAUGAAAGAGCAUAUACUGGAGUGACGCCCUCUGAAUAUAAUCAGUGUGGUAAAGCCUUGGCAUAUCACAAUAAUCUUGAAAGGCAUAAAAAAGCACAAACUGGAGAAAAACCAUAUGAAUGUGAUCAGUGUGGUAAAGUUUUUGCAUAUUAUAGUAAUCUUCAAAUUCACAAAAGAACACAUAAUGGAGAGAAAUCCUAUGCAUGUAAUCAGGGUGGUAAAGCCUUUGCAUUGCAAAGAAGACUUCAAAUACAUAAGAGAACACAUGCUGGAGAGAAACCCUAUGAAUAUACAUGGUGUGGUAAAGUCUUUUCACAACUCAGUGUUCUUCAAGUGCAUAAAAGAAUACAUACUGGAGAGAAACCCUAUAAAUGUAAUCAGUGUGGUAAGGACUUUGUAUGUCAAAGUCAUCUUCGAAUACAUAAAAGAACACAUACUGGAGAGAAGCCCUAUGAGUGUACUCAAUGUGGAAAUGCCUUUGCACUUCAAAGUAAUCUUCAAAGGCAUAAAAGAACACAUACUGGAGAGAAACCAUAUGAAUGUAAUCAGUGUGGUAAAGCCUUUGCAUAUCAGAGUAAUCUUCAAAUGCAUAAAAGAAUACAUACUGGAGAGAAACCCUAUGCAUGUAAUCAGUGUGGUAAAGCCUAUACACGUCACAGUGGUCUUCAAAUGCACAAAAGAACACAUACUGGAGAGAAACUCUAUGAAUGUAAUCAGUGUGGUAAAGGAUUUAAUUAUCACAGCAGUCUCAGAAUACAUAAAAGAACACAUACUGGAGAGAGACCCUAUGAAUGUAAUCGGUGUGGUAAAGGCUUUUCACAACUCAUUCAUCUUCAAGUGCAUGAAAGAACACAUUCUGGAGAGAAACCCUAUGAAUGUAAUCAGUGUGGUAAGGCCUUUGUAUGUCAAGGUCAUCUCCAAAUACAUAAAAGACUACAUACUGGAGAGAAGCCCUAUGAAUGUACUCAAUGUGGAAAAAACUUUGCACAUCAAAGUUAUCUUCAAAGGCAUACAAGAACACAUACUGGAGAGAAACCCUAUGCAUGUAAUCAGUGUGGUAAAGCCUUUGCCAGUUACAGUGGUCUUCAAAUGCACAAAAUAACACAUACUGGAAAGAAACCCUAUGAAUGUAAUCAGUGCAGUAAAGUCUUUGUUCAUUACUCUUCUCUUCAAAGGCAUAAAAGAAUACAUACUUGAGAGAAACCCUGUGAAUGUAAUCAGUAUAGGCUUUGCAUAUUAUAGUAAUCUCUGAGUACAUAAAAGAACAUGUACUUGAGCAAAACUCUAUGAAGGUAAUAAGUGUGGUAAUGCCUUGGCAUGUUUCAAUAGUCUACAAAAUCAUGAAUAAAAAUCAUACUGUAGAGAAAGCCUAUAAAUGUAGUCUGUGUGGUAAAAUUUUGCACUUUCUACAGGAAUGAAAACUUUGUGUGCAAUCAAUGUGUUAGAGCUUUUGUAUAUUACAACAGUCUUUGAAUGCCUGAAAAAAUAUUGAGGACUUCUUGUUAUAAAGUAUUUUUUAAGAUCUUUAGCCAACACUCUUACAUUCAGUUUCACAAAAAAUAUUUAUUCUGUAAAAAAUUUUUAAAGUGUCAACAAUCUGGUCAAACAUUAUGAUGUACAACUUUAUAUUGUUGUAACUUCAAAUUCAUGAGGAAAAUGAAUUUAUGAAUUUAUGAACCCCUAUGAAUUUCAAUGAUAAUUUAUUUCUUUUAGAUUUUAUACUUCUCUUCAAUUACAUGAAAUAACUGAUUCGGGUGUAAAACUUUAUGGAUUUGUAUUAGUGCCUUUUCUGUUUUUGUGAUAUAUUGCCUAGGUCAACUUAUAAAAAUAGUUUAAUUUGGCCCUUGGUUCCAGAGGGAUAAAAGAUCACCAUGAAAGUUCCAUGGCAACAGGUGUCAGACAUGGCAGCCUAAGCAGAAGCUAAGAACUUUUAUCCUCCACCUGCAAGAUGAAGUAGAGAGUGAGAACUGGAAACAGUGUGCAGAUGUAAAUUCUCAAAGCCUUCCCCCAGUGAUAUAUUUCCUCCAGCAGGGCAGCAUUUCAUAAAUCUUCCCAAAUAAUAAUAGCAGCUGAAAAUGAUUGGUAUUUCUGACUUUAAUCCUACAUUCUUGCUUUCUGUCACAUGAACUAUUUAUAUAGAAGAAAAGCUCUGUAAAUAACCCUGUAGAUGUUUCAACAAAUGAGUUAUAGAAAUGAAUGCUUAAAAGAGGAAAACUUUCUUUGUUAAAAACUGCUUAAAUUUCAGUUAUGUGAUUUCAGUGUGUGUUUGUGUAUGUAUCUACAUGCUAGUGCCCAAGAAGGUUAGACCUUUGGAUUUUCUCAUAGCAGGAGUUAUGGGAAGUUGUCCAAAAUUGGAUCCUGGUCCUGGAAAAGAACUUUUCUUAACUGUGCAGCCAUGUCUUUAGCUUGAUAAUUUUUUUUAAUUAUUAAGAAUUUUUUGUUCUUUUUACAUACCAAUCACAGGUGCCCCUCUCCUCCCUCCUCCUGCCCCCCAGCCUUAUCCAUCAGCCCAUCCUCCAUUCCCAACUCCUCUAAGGCAAGGACUCCUGUGGAGAAUCAGCAGAGCCUGGUACAUUCACUUGAGGCAGAUCUAAGCAUCUCCCCCUGAACCAAGGCAAUG